CGAAAUUAAUGUCAGACGAGCCAACAACAACAAAGCGAUCGGACGUAUUCGGAAUAAUUUUUUUUUGUUUUUUUUUUGUUUUCGUCGAAUUUCUCCAGUCUCGUCGAUCGUUAUGUGAACAUUAGAAUAAGUCAUCGACAAACCGACUUAGUCUGUAUUAUAAUAUUAUCCUCGAAACAUAAGCAACGAGCUGCGCGCGCGCCCGCCCCUCAGGCACAUCCGACGCGUCCGUCGAUAACCAAAUUUGGGAUCUGUAAACCGUCCGGGAAGUCGUACGCAAAAUGUCGAAUGUCGCCAAUACGUUCAAACACGAUUAUAUAGGCGGUGGAAAGUACCGCGUCGUCCGGAGGCUCGGCAGCGGUUCUUUCGGAGAGAUAUUUCUCGGGCUCAACGUUAUCAACGGCGAGGAAGUGGCAAUAAAAUUUGAAAGUGCAAAAGCUCGCCAUCCUCAGUUACAGUAUGAAAGUAGACUUUAUAAAGUAUUACAAGGAGGAGUUGGAAUACCACAUAUGAGGUAAGUUAAUUUAUUAUUG